AUGGCCGCGAAUAAUGAUUUGGCCACAGGCCCAAAGUCAAAGAUUCAUGCGCCAGUCGAGAAUCCAGCCUCAACAACAUACCGAUGUUACCGCGACUCCUCGCACACCACCUCCGGGCCCGUUGUCAAUGAUGGAUCACACUUUUUCCGUGGGCUGGUGUGGGAUAUGUACAAGACGGGCAGAUACUCAGAUUUCACGAUCAAGGUGCAAGGGUCCGUCCGCGAGUUUCAUGUGCAUCGGGCGGUGAUAUGUCCGCAGUCGAGUAUCUUCGAGGCUGCUUGUCGGGGGGAGUUUGUGGAAGCAUUGACUCGGACAAUGACAUUGACAGACGACGAUCCCGAGAUUGUCGACCGCAUGAUCAGAUAUCUCUACACGCAUCGAUACGACGACUCGGAGGACUGGGACUAUGAAUCGUUCCGCUAUCGUCCGCAGAGUGUCAAACAUGCCUCGACGAUAUCAGGGGAGACAGUCACACCACCAACAACAACAACAUCAUCAACAACAACACCUCAAGAAUCACGCAGCUCCAAGAUCCCCCAAUCCCCCAGGUCUCUACACGUCUACGCCAUUGCCGACAAAUAUCUAAUAUCCCCGCUCAAAGACGCCGCGCGCGGCCGCUUCGCCAAAUGGACCAGUGUGCAUUGGUCCACGCCUAGUUUUAUUGCAGCCGUGCGCGAAAUCUUCGACAACGAGACGGGCAAUUACACCGAACUCAAGGAAGUUGUACUGGCGCCCAUGGUGCAGCAUGCAGACAGUUUGUUAUCGGACCAAAACGAGGACAUGGGCAGCUUCCUCCGCGAUUACAGCGAUGUAGGGGUCGAAGUGCUCCGUCGGGUGCUUGAACAAAAUCGGAUCGCGCAGAGGGGGCUCGAGGUUGAUAUUGCCGAUCUUCAAUCGCGAGUGAGCUCGCUAAAGACCGAUAAUAAGAAGAUUGGCAUGUUGCAGAACCAGAAUCAUAAAUUAAACAAGGAGUUGUUGGAAAUCAAGAUGGUGGUGCUAGCAUGGAAGAAAGAUUUGAGGAAUAUACGCGGUGAGGAUAGAGGAAACAAUAGGAACGUGGCUGCCACACCCGAUCAACCCCGGGCUCAACCAAAUAAC